GUUGGAAGGCGUAAGCACGACAACCAUGUAAAGUACGCGAUGGACUGUAACCACAUCUGAACCCCCGAGUAACGAACGAAUCGAGGAAGGUGCUAAACCCUGAAGCCCUCCCUCCCUCCCUCCCUCCCUGACUCCCCCAACGAAGCUGACGGACCGACGAUCCAAUUUCUGGAGUUUUUUGUGCUCAGGCAGGUGGACCGAGAACUUUGAUUCGUGGCGACACAAAUUCAUUCCCGUUUUUUCAGUGGAGUAGGCAGGUCGGUUGAUCGAGGAGUUCGGAUUCCAGAAGUUUGUUUUAAGGAGGGGCUUCGAUUAUGACGACUGUCACCAAGCAAAAAUGCCAGAGAAUUGGCUGCGAUGUGAUGUUUACGGCCGAUGAUAAUCCUGAAGGUUCCUGCCGGUACCACCCUGGGCCCUUAUUUCACGACGGAGGGAAAGAAUGGAGUUGUUGCAAGCAACGUAGUCACGACUUCAGUCUCUUCUUAGAGCUUCCAGGAUGCAAAACUGGUCAACAUACUUCUGAGAAACCUUUACCGAAGAUAGCUCCAAGUCCGAACAAGCCAGUCCCAGUCAAUGUAACCAGCGACGCAGCUGCAAGCGCCAAUUGUAAUCGGUGCAGACAGGGUUUCUACUGCUCUGAUCAUGGCUCAAGACUUCCAGUAAGAGUUUCAGCUCCUGCUCCAAAGGUGACUCCUCUUGCAGCUGUUGAAAAGAAAGUAAACGUACCUGCUCCUCGCAAAAUCGUGGACCUGAACGCAAAACAGACCUGCAAAAACAAAGGCUGUGGUAAAGAGUUCACAGAAAAGGAGAACACAGAUACUGCAUGCAGUUUUCAUCCAGGUCCCGCUAUAUUUCACGACAGAUCGAAAGGGUCUGUGUGCUUUGACAGUGGAAAUGCUGUGAUACUCACGUGAAGGAAUUUGAGGAAUUUUUGGAAAUCCCCCCGUGUGCAAAGGGAUGGCACAAUGCAAAUCCCGACGAAGUUUAGGACUUACAAGGUUGUUAGGAGUUCCGGUGUGCUGAAAGUCGACGAGUCCUGCCCAGCUCGCCAGCCCACUUUCUUCGGUCGAGCCGAGAAGAGUUUACGUGAAGCUGUCACAUCCCUCGGACUUUUACCUGUCCCUCCUGAUCAGGGAUCAGGCAUUAAUUAUAGAUCUAGUGUAGGAGUAUUGGGCCGCUUGUGGAGCUUUCGAACUGCGAAGAAUGAUCUUUUCUCCAAGGCCAACUUCAUUUUAAGAAUCACAAAUGUAUGCUCAAAAGAUUGUUUGUCGAGCUGUUCCGAGCGUUGAAAGCCUCGCAGAGGUUUUAGAGUAUUACAGGAACAGACAAACGUUUGAAGUUCGGAGCGCAACGGUCGGUGUCUCCAGGAUUGUAAACACUGGGGAUCUGAGCAAUUGUAAUUGAAGAUGUGGUGACAUAUGGUUUUAUG